CGAAUCUCGCCGGGCUCUUCCGGGCAUGUGCAUCGCACUCAGAUCCCAAACGUAAACAAGGUGGCAACUUUUGAUGUAGUAAUUUCAGCUAGUACAAACAGCCAAUCGACAAUGUGCUCUGAAAACCUUACAUGUGAGAAUUUGAAUUUCCAGAGGUUGUGUCGUCUAGCAAACGCUACAUGCUAACGCGCAAUGCUAACAUUUAGCACACCAGCAAACUCGUGAACAACCCGACUUUGUACAGAGCUCCAGAGAUGAUGAGAUGGGUUCUGUUCGGUGGGCUUUCCGCUGUGGGUCAUGGACACCGAGCAGGUCUGACUGGUUGUUUGCGGCUCGUUGCAUUCAGCGGGAGGAGAAGGACAGGAUCGGACAGUUCGUUUUUGCAAAGGAUGCUAAAUCAGCCAUGGUUGGCAGGUUGUUGCUGAGGAGAUUUGUGUGUGAGAAGAUGGGGAUCCCCUGGUCGGAGAUUAAACUGGAGAGAUCUCCUAGAGGGAAACCUUACCUGGCAGACACACUGAAGGACCGUUCUGAUUCAGAACCAGAGACCUCUGCAUGGAGUUUCAAUCUUUCACAUCAAGGAGACUAUGCAGUGCUUGCCGCAGAACAGGGGAUGCAGGUGGGAGUGGAUAUAAUGAAGACAACCAUGCCAGGUAGCAGCUCUGUGCCGGAGUUUUUCCGCAUCAUGACUCGUCAGUUUACAGCAUACGAGUGGAGUGUCAUCCAAUCAGCUGGCUCGGAGCAUGAGCAGCUCGCCGCGUUCUACCGCCACUGGGCCCUGAAGGAGAGCUUCAUAAAAGCCAUCGGCACAGGCCUGGGCUUCAACCUGCAGCGGGUGGAGUUUCACCUGACCUCUGAGUCGCUCACGCAGGGCCGAGCACUACGCCGGACCAAGAUGCAUCUGGACGAAGAAGAAGAGGAGGACUGGAUCUUUGAAGAGAACUUGCUGGAUGCUGACCAUCAUGUUGCUGUGGCACUUGGCCCAGCAGACCAAUUAGGAUCUCCAAGAUAUUUCCACACCUUGAUUGGAGUCCACCUGUGCGUCUUCGCCCAUCUCUUCCUCCUCCCACCACAUUCACGCUGUUGUUGUUCAGUGAUCUUAUCGCCUCGGCCUCUCCUCUGACAGAGGAAGACCCCGCCUACUGGGACAGCUUCCAGAAGAAGGCUGAUGCUCCUCAGAGACAGAGAGAUACACAUACAUCCUGAUAAACCACUGACACCUGCCAUGCUCACACACACUUUUCAGAAGUGCCAGAAAAGAAGCAGACAGACUGACAUGGAGAGCGGCUUUUUUAUUCCACACAAGUCACAUAGAUUUUAUUUAUAGUGUCCAAAUUCACAGUUCUCUCUCAGAGGACUUCAGAUCCAUACAGCAUCUGACACCUUCUUCAAGUUGGAAAUGGCCUAUAAAAACAGUUUCACACAUUGUGCCGUUCAUUUAAGCAUUUAUGGAUGACCAAUAAAUUCAUAUCUCUCAGA